AUGCCGAGACAUGACUUGCCUCGUGUCGAUGGCCUCGACCGAACGGAAGCCGAUGACUGCUGGCUACAGAGCACCGGAAUCGAAGACCUCGAUGUGCUCUACGAGCUUACGGCGUGCCGAAGGAGAUGUGACUAUCUCGAUAGCCUGACACUGGAGCAAGUACGCGCAUACCGGUCCCUGUGGGAUCCGCUACUCAUGGCUGUCCUAGGCUAUUCUUCCCGACAGUCCGGACCAUUGUAUGAGCCUGGCAUCCUGAACCAGUCCACAGUCUGGUGGGUGCUGGGUCAACUCCAUCGACAUGGCCCACUACUGUUCUGGAACACUUGGAAGCUGCACAACGAGCACGAAAGGCGCGAUAAAUGUGCUAUCAAACACUUUCUCGAGGAGUCCUGGCACGAACGCGACAAUGCUGGAGCUGAUCAUCUCAGCGACAGCAUGAUUCUUCUGUGGAACGAAGCCGCGGUAGACACUUAUCAGCGACUCAAGGUCAAUGUCAUGACGACGCAUAGCCGACACAGUGAGGAACGCAGACGGAUCCUACGCGAUCCAAACCCAUCUGACGCCAGAAAACAAAGAAAAGAGUCCACGCGGCUCGGUGGACCGAGUCCCGCUACGGCAAUGUCUGAUGUACCCUUCGAGCAGAAGCUGAAUUGCGACAUCAUGGGCGAGCAGCCAUGGGAAGAGAGACCAAGCGGAAGACGACUUCGCGGCUGCUAUGGUGUAAGUAUUCGAAUGGCCUUCGCGUCUCCGUGCGAUCCAUCUGCCCAGCCCAACACCGAGGAGUUCAAGCAGUUGAGAUCACAGGUUAGGAAGGCAAGGUAUGGAGCAUUUGGGCUUCAGCCGCCAAGCGAGGUAGAUGGCAUGUCGUUUGACUCCACGGCCUGGGCGAAUGAAGACGCUGCUUUCGAGAGCUCUGUUCAUGAGUUCGACAUGGGGGAUUUCACCCCUAUCACUGGCAAUCAUCCUCUGGCUGAGACCAGAGCAUCGGAUCGGAAAGUCCAUCAAAAUACGGGCACUUAUGCGUCCAGUAACAAGACCUUCAAUUCCCGUUCCUGUAUCACGACACACGCGGUCAAGGAUACAGCUGGUCCUCGAUGUACCUCCUCAAACAACUUGACAUUUCUCCUCCGAUAG